AGAUUGUCUCUGCAGUCAGGUGUUCUGCUGAUCGAAGCUCUCCAAAGACAAAACCCCAGUGGUGCUGCUGCUGCAGGUAAUUACACUGCUCGACUGCGAACUCAUCUGUUGAAAGGAUGGCAAACUCUAACAGACCCAACGCGGACAUUUCUCACGUCUACAGGGGAACAUUUAUCCACUCGACGCAGCAAACCGCGCUACAGAUCCUGGAAGAUACACUCCUGGGAGUGGAUACAGACGGAAAGAUUGCUUUCAUCGAGAAAGGAGCGGAGCUGAACCAACUGUCUCAGAUCUUUGGAUUCAAUCCGUCUGAAGUCACUCAACUGGCACAACAUGAGCUCUUCAUGCCGGGACUGGUGGACACACACAUCCACGCGCCCCAGUACUGCUACGCCGGCACAGCCCUGGACAUGCCCCUACUGCAGUGGCUCAACACCUACACCUUCCCUGUGGAGUCUCGCUUCAAGGACUUGGAGUUCGCCCACCGCGUCUACACUCAAGUAGUGCAAAGGACCCUGAGAAACGGAACAACCACUGCAUGUUACUUUGCUACCAUACACACAGAUGCCUCUCUCCUGUUGGGCCAGAUUGCAAAUGACUUUGGUCAGCGAGCCUUGGUGGGGAAGGUGUGUAUGGACAGGAACAACUCUGUGAAACAUUACAAAGAGACCAAUCAGGAGUCUCAAGAGGAAACCUGUCGGUUCAUUGCAGAGCUCUUGAACAAAAAGUACCCUCUGGUGAGGCCCGUGGUGACGCCUCGCUUCGCUCCAUCCUGCACAGGAGCCUUGCUGGGCCAGCUGGGAGCAAUCGCUAAGAAUAACAACCUGCACAUUCAGAGUCACAUCAGUGAAAACGUCGAGGAAGUUAAGCUCGUAAAGGAGCUGUUCCCGGAGUCAGAGUCUUACACAGAUGUCUAUCACAAAUACAACCUGCUCACUGACAAGACGGUGAUGGCCCAUGGCUGCUACCUCACUGAUGCAGAGUUGGCUCUUUUCAGAGAGACAGGAGCCUCUUUGUCUCACUGUCCCAAUUCCAACAUCUCGUUGUGCAGCGGCAUGUUGGACGUCCGCAACGUCCUGAAACACAAAGUGAAGUUGGGGCUGGGAACAGACGUGGCGGGCGGUUACUCUGCCUCCAUGCUGGACGCCGUGAGACGAGCUCUGGACACAUCCAAAGUCCUGACGAUCCAGGAUCCAGAAUACGAAACGCUCACGUUUGAGGAGGUUUUCAGACUGGCCACACUGGGAGGAAGCCAUGCUUUGUCCCUGGAUGACCAGACGGGGAACUUUGAAGUUGGCAAAGACUUUGAUGCCCUGAGGGUGAACGUAGCUGCUGCUGGCGGACCCAUCGACAUGAUCCAGUGUGAGGGACCAAAGGUUAUUUUGGAAAAAUUCUUGAAUUUGGGUGAUGAUCGUAACAUAGCGGAGGUGUUUGUGGCCGGGAGGAAGGUGGUACCAUUCUCCCCCAGUUUAAACAUCGCUUCCAUCUCUGUUAACGGUGCUGGGUCCUGACCUGACUCCACUUAUACCUUCACCUUUCCUGUCCAUCUCUCUCUUCCUCCCUCCACAUCCCAGCUCAACAUCUUAUCAUCCGUUCUUUUACUAAGUCACUCCCUGUGGACCCUCUGCUCCGUGAAAGUCAUUUCGAAGAGGUUUUUAACUCCCAAAAUACAUCAUACAAAACGUGCAGCAAAAGAAGAAUCAGCUGGAAACGCCCUACUGUACAACCGGCACACAAAAAGCCAAACAAUAUAAAUUAUUUAUUAGAACAAAGAAUAUAAACUAAGACAUACAUUUGGAUGUGAGGUGUGUUAGUCAGUCAGGUUCAUGUGGAUGUGUUUGGUUAAUGUAGUGUGAGGUGUUAUGAAGUAAAAGUAUAAGAAGGCUUCAUCUACACUACUACGUUUUGGUUUAAAAAUGAAUAUCUUUUGCUACGUUUACUCCUCGCGUCCACACUACUCCGGUGUUUCCGAGCAGAGGUGUCAAAAGUAUUCACAUUCAUUC